GUCAAGGCUGUCCGUGUCCGCUGUCGGUCGUCGUUGACAGUUAUUUAUAAAUUAAUUUAAUUUCCAAUUUUCUAGAUUUUAAUUUUCAAUAAGUCACUUGUAUUUCCAACGGGUAGGUCGUGUUAUCGUUGGACGCGUUAUAUUAUAUGGGCGUAACGAAACGAUAUUUUAUCAACCGGUAAAGACAUCGCGCUAAUAAAUGUAGUGCCUAAAGUACUGGCUAGACGGACAGUAAUUAUUGUGUUUCUAAAUUCUAGAAAAUGGGUGCUCAUGUGUCUAGAAACGAUUUCGAGUGGGUUCUCACGGAGGAGCCGCAUGCCUCUCGCCGGAAGAUCAUCCUAGAGAAGUAUCCAGAAAUCAAGAAGCUAUACGGCUACGACCCCAUGUUCAAAUGGGUGGUGCUGUUGAUGGUGCUGACGCAGUUCGCGAUGCUGCCGCUGGUGCAGCACAUGAGCUGGCCCGUGCUGCUUGUGGUCGCUUACUGCUUCGGCGGCGUCAUCAACCACUCGCUGAUGUUAGCUAUCCACGAGAUAGCACACAACCUGGCGUUCGGCCACAACCGACCGCUGCACAACCGGCUGUUCGGCUUCUUCGCCAACCUGCCCAUCGGGAUCCCCAUAUCAAUCAGCUUCAAGAAGUACCACUUGGAACACCAUAGAUACCAAGGCGAUGAAGUGAUAGACGUGGACCUGCCGACGCUGGUGGAAGCUAAGCUGUUCUGCACCACGGGCGGCAAGCUGGUGUGGCUCAUCCUGCAGCCGCUGUUCUACUCGCUGCGGCCGCUGGUGGUCAGGCCCAAGCCGCCCAACCCGCUGGAGCUCAUCAACCUCAUCAUACAGCUGUUCUUCGACGCUAUAGUUGUUAAGCUCUUUGGUUGGAAGGUACUCGGUUACCUUCUCCUGGGUUCAUUCUUAUCCAUGGGAGUUCACCCUGUAGCUGGCCACUUCAUAUCGGAGCACUACAUGUUCCGGAAAGGCUUCGAGACGUACUCGUACUACGGGCCGCUCAACUGGAUCACGUUCAACGUGGGCUACCACAACGAGCACCACGACUUCCCCGCCGUGCCGGGGAGCCGCCUGCCAGAGGUAAAGCGAAUAGCGCCGGAGUUCUACGACAAUUUGCCACAACACCAUAGCUGGUCGGCGGUGUUGUAUGAUUUCGUGAUGGACCCCGAGAUUGGACCCUACGCGAGGAUCAAGCGGAAACACGCCGGCUUGGAGACUUAGACCGGUAUAGUACAGCGUAGCAUAGUGGAAAACUUAGCCAGCCACACACGGUCAAGUACGCGAUCAAGUCCAGUGCGCUUGUGGAUGUGGGCAGUGAUAAAAAUAGCGAAAUCAUGCCCAUAAUCAUAUUUUGGAUAUUUUUUUAGGGUUUCAUAUACAAAGAGUAUAUAUGUAUUACUAAUACUCCACUGUCCAAACGUCCGUCCGUCCUUACGGUUCAUGAUAUACAGUAGACUGUACUGUAUAUCAUAAACCGUGAUAAAUAGUUGAAAUGUUCACAGAUGUUGUUUUUUUGUUGUUGCUUCAACAACCAAGUAUACACAGAAUAAAACGAAUAUUUAAGGGCGUUUCCAUAUAACAAACGUGAUUUUUUGCUCGAUAUUGAUAACGGCAACAGGUAAACGCUUGAAAUGGUCACGCACUAUUGAGUUUUAUUAUUCACUUUAUAAAUGUUUUUUUUAAAUAAGAUCAAUAUUUAAAUAAAAGCUCCCAUACAACAUAAGUGAUCGUUGUCAUUUUUAUAGAUAACGUACGGAACCCGUCGUGCGCGAGCGCUACUCGCACUUGUCCGAAUUUUUGCCCUGCCUACGUCAUUACUAGACUUACGAUAUGUAUGACCGUGUGUGGCUGGCGUUAGGUAUGUUCUCUAGGUGGCGAGUUUGACAGACUGUCCAGCCUUUACGUUCUAAACAAACGUUUUUAAUCACUACUAGCAGAUGCCCGCGACUUCGCCCGCGUGGAACCUUACUUACUUCGAAUAUCAUACUUUUAUACAUCUCCGACCUCAGACUAAUUACAUAAGGACCUGCCUCGCUCUUCUGUCAAAGUAUAUGAUCAACGAUUAUGAAAACUGUCUCUAUAGAAUCGAUGUUUCAUAGUUGUAAUCGUGUUCGUCGGUUAAAGAGCUCCGUGAAAAUACCAUUUUGUGUAAUUAAAUGGUGUAAAAAAUGGUCAACAACUUCUAGUUUAGUACAAGAUAUACUAAUCACUAAUCUAAGCUCGUUUUCCAGAAAUAAUUACACAAUUUUUUCGUGAAUAGGGAUUGAAUAUAUUGAUUUUUAUGACACAUUCAACUUAUUAAAUAAGUUAAUCAACUAAUUAUUAUGUAAAAACACAAAGAUUGACUAGAUGUUUGCAAAAGAAAUUUCUAAAUGUAGGUACUAAAAAUCUUUUAUCGUAAUUAGAUGAAAAUUCAUACAUUUUUAGCUUCCUUACAUUAAACGUGACAUUUUUCAAUAUAUGAACUAUAACCAUAAACGCACAAAUAACAUAGAUAUUUGUAAUUUUGUUUGAACACUCAUACAAAUCUAACGAUCAUUAUGAUCAACGACAUUAUUAAUUCGUACCAUUUUGUAUAAUGCGUUUUUCAGAGAUCCGUGGCAGCGCCGCAAACCUGCCUCUUUAAAAGCCUCGAAAGUAAUGAUCGCAGAUUGACCCAGUUACUUUUACAAAACUCUUUACUAUUAGCAUACUCCUAAUUUAUAUACAAUUUAAAAAACUGUCUUCAUCCCUAUUGAGGUGCGAUAUUAUUCCAUAAGUAAUUAGUUUGAGUCCGACCCAUUUAGUAUUUUUUUUAAUAUUAGCAACGCGAGCGAAGUCGCGAUCAAAAAACUAGUAUUUAUAUGUAUAUCGUAUAACUUUAAUGUUGGGAUCUGAAUUGGGAUCCUGUUUUAGUAACAUAAUGUUGAAGCAUUAUUUUUAUUGUUUUAUUUUUAUUUUUUAAUAUUUUUAAGCAUAAGUAAUAAAGAUUUGUUAAUAUUAUAAUAUCGAUGUUUUUGUCCUAUUUAUAUUUAAAGAGAUAUACUUUAUUAUGCAUUAGAAAGAAAAGAAAACGUUAAAAUAUUGUAAAUUUCAUUAAAUCUAAAGAAGUUUGUAACUUAAACAGGGCGUAUGAUUUUCUUUGUAAUUUAAAUUUAAUUAAUCAAAUAUACUCGUAAUUCAGACACAAACAUGAUUACUUGAACCAAUCUUUAAAAAACAAUAAUUUAAAUUAUCGUGAAACACUAUUUAAAUUCUAUUUAUUUUUUAUAUAUAGAAAUGAUGUUCCAAAAAAUAGUCAUAAAUGUACCUCUAGUAUUUUAAUCACAUAUUUAUGCCUUGCACGUUAACACAUAGACACGUGGUGAGUACUGAAUACACAGAAUAAAGAAUGAUACAGAAAGAGUCUAUACAAGCAACGCGUGACUAGAGGUAUUUGAAGUUUUAGUCAUUAUAAUUAUACUAUACCUCAAGUAAACGCUCCUGGCAAGCGCAGUGACAUAAAUUAAAGAGAACACGUGGUAUUAAUAUUAUCGAUUUUGAAUGUAUUAUUUUUAUACUCAAGUCUUUAUUAAGUUUUUAUCUCUAAAUUAUGUAUAAAACUAUUAUACACCUUGUGGGGAAAUGUUUAUUGUAGGAAUAUUGUCAUGCGGUUAAUGUCCGCUUUCUUCACGUUUGCCAAUAUUUGGCGAAUAUUUACUGAAAAUAGAGACUGAAAUUUGAAAAAAAAUUGGAGGGCAUUCUCAAAAUUAUAGUGUAAAUAAUUGAAUACUUAUACUUAGUUUGAUACUUGCAAUUUGAUUUUUUUAUAGGUGGUAAUGCUUAUAACAUUAGUAGUUUUUUUUCGAGUUCAGUCUCUGCUAUCAGUAGCAAAACUCUUAGUACGGUUGUUUCGUACAACCACAAAUUUCGCCACGUUUUUGGCUAACAUGAAGAGAAUACUGGCCAACAUAUUGGCCAAUGUGAAGAGCAGGCAUUAUACAAUUAUUCAUUGUUACACGUUAUUUCGUAAAAUAUAUUGAUUACAUACUAAUCUAAAUGGGCUUAUAAUAAAUCAAAAAUUUCAAGAUACCUCGCCUUAAUCACAACCUUGACAAUCUCGAAUCUUAUUUUUAAUAAAUGGGUUUACGGUUUUGGGUUCUUGCCUUUUAAUGUUUAAAUUACACACAAUGCAAGUUUUUUUUGUCUGGACAGUUUAGAUUCUGUGCGUGGUUUAAAUAUUACUUCCUAUUUUAAAACAUUUUAUAAAAACAGAAUAUAACAACUGUUUAGUGUAAAUUAGAAAUAUGAAUGUAUUAGCAUCAGUGUAUUUUUGAUACUGUAAAAUUAAAAAUAUGCAACCAUAAUACUUUAUAAUUUAUAUUAUUUUUUUAAUAUUUUUGGUUAUAUAAGAAUAAUUGCAUUUAAUGCAGGGGUGAUAACUAGAUAUUAUUAAUGUAAAAUAAUAAUAACAUUUAUAUUUUGUAUUUAAAUUCAACAAUGCCUUAAUUAAAUCCAUCUUUUAGGAAAGCAAGUCACUUGAACUUAUUUAUAGUAUACCAUAUUACUAUAACUUUAAAGUCGAUAUUUCAAUAACAUAGGUUUGAAAGCAAAGUCAUUCAAAAUCCGACUUUAUUGUAACACUUUUAUGAUUAAUGUUUGUAUAUAUUGACUUCGGACCCACCAACUCCGAAAGCAUUUCUAUUGAAUAUAUUUCAUUUAUUUCUAAUUCUGUUUAUAUAAUCAAGAGCUUAUAUCUGCGAUAGUCAUAUAGUAUAAAUAAACGAACUGUUAAUUAUAUAUCCCCUACCCUCAUAUUCAUAAAACAUAUUAUUGUUUAAUAGCUGAAACGAAAAAAAAUGUUAACAAUUAAAUUAGAAUUAAGAGUUUAUUUUAUGAAUAUGG